UGGCUCAUUUUAGUUCCGCCCUGGUCUGAAGUGACAGCUGAGUUAGCGCAAUGUAUCGCUCUUUGAGAAACGUCCAGCGAUUUAACGGCCAACUCCAGGCGUUAAAGAGGAACCUAGCCAACACAAAGCACAGUCCUGCAGCAGGAGUCAUCUUCACAUCCUCCAGAAUGUCUUCAGAGUACAGAAUUGAGGCAGACACCUUUGGAGAGCUGAAGGUGCCAGUUGACAAGUAUUAUGGGGCUCAGACUGUCAGGUCCACCAUGAACUUCAAGAUCGGAGGACCGUCGGAGAGAAUGCCAAUCCAGGUGAUCAAAGCCUUUGGCAUUCUGAAGAGGGCUGCUGCGGAGGUCAACAAGGACUACGGACUGGACCCGAAGCUGGCUGAUGCCAUCGUGCAGGCUGCUGAUGAGGUGGCAGCUGGUAAGCUGGAUGACCACUUCCCUCUAGUGGUGUGGCAGACCGGGUCAGGAACUCAGUCCAACAUGAACGUCAACGAGGUGAUCAGCAACAGGGCCAUCGAGAUCCUCGGAGGGAAGCUGGGGAGCAAGGACCCUGUUCACCCCAACGACCACGUCAACAAAAGCCAGAGCUCCAACGAUACGUUCCCACAGCCAUGCACAUCGCAGCAGCCCAAAGAGGUCCACGAGGUUCUGCUGCCCGGUCUACAACACCUCCACGACCCUGCACGCCAAGCUGUGGAGUUUAAAGACAUCAUCAAGAUCGGACGCACACACAAACCACAGGACGCACUGUACCGUUGCUCUGCGGACAG